GAUGCAGUUCUAUUAGAUUGCUCAGGUCAUCUUAUGAUGCAUCGGUGAAUGUUGCUUAUAAAGACUCCAUGUUUAAUUUUCAUUUUAUCUUCAUCAAACUAUUAUGAAAUUGGAGACUUCUGCAAAAUAGCAAUAUAUUUAAAACAUCUUAGAAACCUAGAUUGUCAGUCGCUAGAUUGGCUGUCGCUUUUUUUUUUGCAAGUUCACUACCAGUACUGUAAUUGUAUGCAAUUCGACUAAAAACCGCAAGGUGGUGCUGCCGUGUGGUUUCUUGGACAUUGAACGUGGAGCCUGGACCAAACGUUUAUCAUAAUGUGGUUGUGUGUCACUCGUCUUUGUCGAUGAGAGAAAUGGAUGCUCAUAGAUUGCAUCUGAUGCUUAUUACAUAGUCUGGCUACCCCAAAAGAGGAAUCUUCCUGACUCUACGUAUGGCGGCAGUGGAUUAACAUUUGUAACUGUUUACUGGUGACAUGCUGAAACAUUUUCGCAAAAAAUAAAAAAACCCUGUCCACAAAAUGGCGAUCUUGAAAUCGAAUACAAAAUGAAAUCCUUAAAGGUGGGUAGAACUUUGUGCAACCUCAAGAUUUAAGUACGAUAUCAACUCUAGGACUUUUAUUGAUAGGGCAUAAUAAUGAGAAGAGCGAAAUGUUGAUUGGAGAAUUAUAGUCACGUGUCUUGAAGCUUUCUCCAAGAUCACGUGGGCAAAGUCGAAACACGCUGUCUCGUUUUGCUGCUCUGCAGUUUAGGGCCAAGCGGAGCGGGUAACGCUACUGGCAACUGUCAGUCCCAGAAAUAACGUGGUGUCUUUUUGUGACUUUGGGUCAUGUCUGGUCACGGCCACGGACACGGGGGCCACAGUCACGGGUGUGGUUGCGAGGGUGAGCACGAGCCAGCCGAAAGGGGCCUGGAAUACGGGCUCUACAGGCGCAUUGACAUCGAGAAAGUGCAGUGUCUGAACGAGAGUCGUGAGGGCGAUGGUAAACUUGUUUUCAAACCUUGGGACCAACGCACCGACCGAGAAAAGUAUGUUGACAGUGAUGCUGACGAGGAACUCCUCUUCAACAUCCCAUUCACUGGCAGUGUGAAAUUGAAAGGGAUCAUCAUUGCCGGCGAAGAUGAUGACUCGCACCCUGCUGAGAUGAAGCUGUACAAAAACAUCCCCCACAUGUCAUUCGACGACACGGGCAGAGAACCUGAGCAGGCGUUCCGGCUCAACAGGGACCCGCUGGCGCAACUGGAGUACCCGACUAAGAUCGCACGCUUUUCCAACGUAGAGCACCUCUCCAUCCACUUGUCGCGGAACUUUGGGGCAGAGUCCACGCGUGUCUAUUAUAUCGGCCUGCGCGGCGAGUAUGCAGAGGCUCACAGGCACGAAGUGACGAUCUGCAACUACGAGUUGGCAGCGAACCCGGCAGAUCACAAGGUGGAAACGCUCACUCCGCAGACGCAUUUCAUCUCCUGAGAAAGAUAAAGAUUAUCAGGGUGAGAGAAAGGAAAAGCGAAAGAUGUGAUGCAGUGGGGAGUGGCAGAUGAGCCAGAAGGAUGAGAGAGGCACGCGAAGAAGCCGUAAGCAGGUCUCACCGGUCCAAUGCUGCAGAAUGGAUUUGUGCUGGAUAUUUGUACAGCGCCAAAUUUGAUGUGUAAUUUAUAAUAAAGGGUGGUCGCUUCAGUGUUUCCA